AUGGGGGGGCCAGGGGGGGCCCUGAGGCCCCUGGGGCCCCGCGUGCAGCUGCCAAACCCUCUUGUGUUUCUAGAUAUUGCUGUUGGCAAUCGAAACGCGGGCAGACUCAUCUUUCAGCUGUUUGCAGACCAGCUGCCCAUCACAGCGGAGAACUUCCGCUGCCUCUGCACUGGAGAGACAGGCCUCGGCUACUACAUGCGGCCCAGAUGGUACAAAGGGUCUCCUUUCCACCGCAUCAUUCCCGGCUUUAUGGCUCAGGGAGGCGACUUUCACAGGGGCGACGGCUACGGCGGCGAAAGUAUCUACGGGCAGUUUAUGAGAGACGAAAAGUAUCUGUAUAAGCACUCCAAACGAGGGCUGCUGAGCAUGGCGAAGGGCCGGGACCGGCACAGCAGCAGCAGCCAGUUCUUCAUCACCUUCCAAGCCUGCCCCUGGCUGGACGGGCAGCACGUGGUCUUCGGGCAGCUGGAAGCAGGCCAAGAGACUUUGCUGCUGAUCGAAGCAGCAGGUUCUGCUGCAGGCAAGCCCCGCAAGCCCGUCUCCAUCUUCAACUGGUCAGCCUGCUGCUGCUGCUGCUGCUGCUGCUGCUGCGGUGUAGUGUUGCUGCUGCUGCUGCGGUGUAGUGCUGCUGCUGCUGCUGCGGUGUAG